CAUGACAAGCUUCGCCCGGUUCAAUUCUGCGCUAACCCAACCCUAGGAAGCAAUCGAGCUCAAUCAUGGCGGCGGCGGCAAUGGCCAGUUCGUGGGACACGGUGUUGGAGCUCACUAAGAUGGCUCAGGACAGGGGGACUGACCCCUUGGUCUACUCCUUCCAGAUAUCUUCCACCCUCAACGCCGCCGGCGUCUCCAUUCCCUCCCCGGACUUCGCCGCCGUCCUCGUCUCCCACAUCUGCUGGUCCAAUAACGUUUCGAUUGCCUGGAAGUUUCUCGAGAAGGCAUUGACUCUCAGGGUUGUUCCUCCGCUCUCUGUUCUUGCUCUUCUCUCUACCAGAGUAAUUCCAAACAGGAAGAUCUACCCAGUGGCCUAUAGACUGUAUAUGGAACUUAUGAAAAGAUAUAUCUUCUCAUUGAAGUCUCUAAUUAAUGGCUCCAAUUAUCAACAGAUUAUGGAGUCCGUCGACCAGACUCUUAGUCUUUCCCAGACUUUUGGGCUUCCAGAUUUUGAAACUGGGUUAGUUUUAGUGGAAUUUAUUUUUAAAACUGUGUGGGAGUUGGUUGAUGCAUCACUUGAUGACGAGGGAUUGCUGGAACUCUCUGCUGGGAAGGAAUCGAUGUGGCCGAUAAGAACACAAGAUAUGGAGAUAGACAACCGCGAUGCUUGUGAUGGGAAGAGGGUGGAACAAAAUGAGUUAUUCCUUAAAAUGAAUACCAUAUUGGCUACUGAAAUAGUUGGUGAAUUUUUUCAGAACAAAGUGACUUCCAAGAUACUUUACUUGGCGCGCAGGAACAUGCCUUCUUACUGGGAGCCCUUUAUCCAGAACUUGCAGUUGCUUGCUUCAAACUCAACAGCAAUAAGAAAUUCAAAAAGCAUUUCUCCAGAGGCUCUGUUGCAAUUAACAUGCGAUACAGAUGUAUUCCUUUCAAGGGAUGGUAAAACAAGCACACUACACCGGUUGCAUGCAGUAGUUGACUCUUCACUUGCAUCUUUUGCCAGCCGAUGUCAUGGUACCAGUCCAUCAGCUUACUGGUUGCCCAUCGAUCUCUUUCUUGAAGAUUCCUUAGAUGGGUCACAAGUCAUAGCUACAAGCGCUGCUGAAACACUUACUGUUCUGGUGAAGGCUCUCCAAGCAGUUAACUGUACUACUUGGCAGGAUACAUUUCUUGGGCUAUGGGUUGCAGCACUGAGGCUCGUUCAAAGAGAAAGGCAUUUGUCUGAAGGACCAGUACCUCGCCUUGAUACGUGUUUAUGCAUGGUGUUGUCUAUUACACCCCUUGCAAUUGCUAACAUUAUUGAGGAGGAGGAAAGUGAACUCAACCUCGCCAACCAAGGAAAAAGUUCAUCGGGACAGCGUCGCCAAGCCUUAAUUUCAAGCCUAAAACAAUUGGAUGAUUAUGAAGGAUUGUUGACUCCACCACUGCAGGUGGUUUCAGUAGCAAAUCAAGCCGCUGCAAAAGCUAUGAUGUUCCUUUCGGGUAUGAGUGUUUCGAGUGGGUACUUUGAUGGCAUUAGCUUGAACGACAUGCCCCUGAAUUGUGCUGGAAAUUUGCGGCAUCUUGUUGUUGAGGCCUGUAUUGCCAGAAAUGUCCUGGAUACAUCUGCUUAUUUCUGGCCUGGCUAUGUAAAAGGUCGGUGCAAUCAAAUACCUUGUGGAAUUUCAGGCCAAGUACCUGGAUGGUCUUCACUGAUGAAAGGGUCUCCUCUUACUCCUCCAAUGAUGAGCGUGCUGGUUUCAACACCAGCCUCAAGUUUAGCAGAAUUAGAGAAAAUAUAUGAGUUUGCAGUAAAUGGCUCGGACGAAGAGAAGAUAUCUGCAGCUACAGUUCUAUGUGGAGCAUCUCUUACCCGUGGUUGGAAUAUACAGGAACACAUAGUCAUGUUUAUCACAAGACUGCUUUCACCUCCAGUUCCUAAAGACCACACUGGAUGUGAAAGCCAUUUGAUAGGUUGUGCUCCAUUUCUGAAUGUCCUUCUUGUCGGAAUAUCAUCGAUCGAUUGUAUGCAGACUUUAUCCUUGCAUGGAUUGGUUCCACAACUUGCCGGUGCAUUAAUGCCAAUCUGUGAGGUUUUUGGUUCUUGUGCGCCCACUGUUUCUUGGGCUGUUACUAGGGAAGAAUUAUCUUCCCAUGCUGUGUUUUCAAAUGCAUUCACUCUUCUGCUAAAGUUGUGGAGAUUUGACGAGCCACCAUUUGAGAGCGCAACUGGGGAAUUAUCACGUGUAACGCCUGAAUAUUUAUUAUUGGUGCGCAACCGUCAGUUGGCCUCAAACAAUCAAUUUAAGUGCAAGCGAUUUUCCAGACUUUUAGAUCCAUGGCCUAGUGAACCUGUAUUUAUGGACUCAUUUCCAAAGUUGAAGUGUUGGUACCGGCAAAAUCUAGCAUGUCUUUGUUCGACACUCUCUGGUCUUGUACACGGAACUCCUGUUCAUCAACUUGUAGAAGCUCUGCUGAGUUUCAUGUUCAGAAAACUAAGCAGGGGCGGGGGGCAGCCUCUUACCCCACCUACUACUUCUGGAAGCAGUAGCUCAUCUGGGCCCGGUGAUGAAUUAUCUGACCGUCUUAAAGUGCCCGCGUGGGAUAUUCUAGAAGCGCUUCCCUUUGCCCUUGAUGCUGCCCUCACAGCAUGCGCACAUGGAAGGCUUUCACCCCGUGAACUAACUACAGGGAUUAAGGACCUCGCCGAUUUCCUUCCUGCUUCUUUGGCAACAAUUAUAAGUUAUUUCUCAGCAGAAGUAACUAGGGGUCUUUGGAAGCCUGCCUCCAUGAAUGGAACUGAUUGGCCAAGUCCAGCUGCAAAUCUUGCUUCGGUUGAGCAACAGAUUAAGAAAACCUUAGCUGCAACGGGCGUGCAUGUCCCCAGUCUUCCUGUAGAUGGAAGCUCUGUAUCUACUCUGCCCCUACCUUUGGCAGUACUUCUCAGUCUCACCAUCACAUACAAACUCGAUAGGGACACCGGUCGGUUUCUCAACUUUGUGGGUUGCUCCUUGAAUAACCUGGCCACUGUGUGUCCCUGGCCAUGCAUGCCCAUCAUCGUCUCCCUGUGGGCUCAGAAGAUAAAACGCUGGAGCGACUUCCUCGUCUUCUCUGCGUCUCGCACAGUUUUCCACCACAACCGUGAUGCCGUGGUUCAACUCUUGAGAGUCUGCUUCAAAGCCACACUCGGCCUAAACAAUUCCAUCACAUCGACCAGUGGUGGGGUCGGCGCACUCCUCGGUCACGGAUUUGUCUCCCAUUUCUCGGGCAGCAUAUCUCCCUCUGCCCCGGGAAUAAUGUACUUGCGUGUCCAUAGAGCCGUCCGGAAUGCACUGUUCAUGACGGAGGAGAUCGUCUCCCUCCUGAUGAGUACCGUCGGAGACGUCGCCAACCCGGCCGAGAACUUGGAGAGGCUCAAGAAAACAAAGCACGGAUUGAGAUACGGCCAGGUGUCGCUUGUAUCUGCAUUGGCCCGUCUCAAGCUCUCCGCUUCUCUUGGCGCUUCGUUGAUUUGGAUAACAGGCGGGUUGAGUCUAGUCCAGUCUCUGAUUCACGAAACGCUCCCGUCGUGGUUCAUAUCUGUCCAAAAACAGGAACCCCUAGCACCCGGAGUUGAAAUGAUGAGGGGACACGCGCUCGCGUACUUCACGGUGCUCUGCAUGGCGUUUGCGCUCGGGGUGGGCCUGCUCGGUCCGAGGCGGUCCAAUGUUCUCGCAAGGCACAUGGAGUUCCUCGCGAGCGCAUUGGAAGGGAAGAUAUCCCUAGGGUGCAACGAGGCCACGUGGAGAGCUUAUCUUUCGGGCUUCGUGAGCAUGAUGGUGGUUUCCACGCCGAACUGGGUGAGGGAGGUCGACGUCCGGGUGGUGAAGAGGCUGAGCAUGGGGUUGAAGCAAUGGAAAGAGGAGGAUUUGGCCGUCGCUCUUCUUGGGGUCAGCGGGGUGGCCGGGAUGGCCGAGGCUGCGGAAAUGAUUAUAUUGCGUCGAGUAGAGUAGAGUCCCACAGAAGAAAGCAAUGUGUGUCAAAAGAGUUAUACCCGAAUUCGAUCUCAGAUAAGAAACUGGAAAAAACGGG